AUGGACCCAUUCAUGAAUUCAAUACAUAUUGAUUGGCUUUGCGGGCGACAGGUUUUCUACCCGCAUAGGAGUUGGCUUUCUUCUUCCUCUUCAAUUGCAUCUAAGGAAGUGAGCUUCUGCGGGACAUUCUUCAUGACAUGGAUCCCAUCGGCUGCUCUUUUAAAGAUAGCCUUCGUAACCUUUCUAAAAACUGGCUUGCGGGAAGAGGUCGAAGUCAACGGCACAGACAACUCAAUACCUGGAAAACAACCAAGUAACAAAAUAAGGGUGGUCUACGAUCAGACGAUGAAUCUCUUUAUGUUGAUUGAUGAAAAUCGGGAGUCAAAGCUAUUGGAACAGUGUAGUUCAACCCCUUGCUAG